AGUGUAACUGGUUCCUUGGGGUGACAGUGAAGGCUGAGAGGUGGCAGGAGCUCCAUUUCAGAGGCGAUUUCCUCCUUGCACAAAAGAACUCCCAGAGUAAGAGCAAAAAACGCCUCACAAACUGCAACCAUGAACGGGACAGAAGGCCAAGACUUCUAUGUGCCCAUGUCCAACAAGACUGGAGUGGUGCGGAGCCCCUUUGAGUACCCCCAGUAUUACCUGGCUGAGCCUUGGAAGUUCUCAGCACUGGCUGCCUACAUGUUCAUGUUGAUUCUGCUCGGCUUCCCCAUCAACUUCCUCACGCUGUACGUCACCAUCCAGCACAAGAAGCUCCGGACGCCUCUAAACUACAUCCUUCUGAACCUGGCGGUUGCUGACCUCUUCAUGGUAUUUGGAGGCUUCACAACCACUAUGUACACCUCCAUGAAUGGGUACUUCGUCUUUGGAGUAACAGGGUGCUACAUCGAAGGCUUCUUUGCCACACUGGGUGGUGAAAUUGGUCUCUGGUCACUGGUGGUCCUGGCUAUCGAAAGAUACAUAGUGGUCUGCAAGCCCAUGAGCAACUUCCGCUUCGGGGAGAACCAUGCCAUCAUGGGCGUUGCCUUCUCCUGGAUCAUGGCCUUGGCGUGCGCGGCUCCCCCACUUUUCGGCUGGUCCAGGUACAUCCCCGAGGGCAUGCAAUGCUCAUGCGGGAUCGACUAUUACACUCUGAAGCCAGAGGUCAACAAUGAAUCUUUUGUCAUCUACAUGUUUGUGGUUCACUUCACGAUCCCGCUGUUGAUCAUUUUCUUCUGCUAUGGGAACCUGGUUUGCACUGUCAAGGAGGCUGCUGCCCAGCAGCAGGAGUCUGCCACAACCCAGAAGGCAGAGAAAGAAGUGACUCGCAUGGUCAUCAUCAUGGUCAUCUCCUUCCUGAUCUGCUGGGUCCCCUAUGCCAGCGUCGCGAUCUACAUCUUCACCAACCAGGGAUCGGACUUCGGGCCCAUCUUCAUGACCAUCCCGGCAUUCUUUGCCAAGAGCUCCUCCAUCUACAACCCCGUGAUCUACAUCGUAAUGAACAAACAGUUCCGUAACUGCAUGAUCACAACCCUCUGCUGUGGCAAGAACCCACUGGGUGAUGAGGACACGUCUGCUGGCAAGACAGAGACCUCCUCCGUCUCCACCAGCCAGGUCUCUCCUGCAUAGGCCCCACAGGAGCAGCCAGUCCCUGGGGUGCCACCCUGGGAGCACAAACUUAGCCCCGCCGCCGCCACCACCUGCCCCUGCUUCACCAUGGCCAAGGCCCUGUGGGGCGGGCUCCUCGCUCCUGGCACUAGGAACCCUGGGAACAAGGCUGAAAAUGUGUACACACGUUUUGUAAUUAAAAUGCAAAGGCUUAGCUCCUCUGGCGUAAAUCCAUGCAUUUCUGUUGACUUGCUGAGAGCUCAUGCCCCUUCUCUGAGUGCAGACUGGGUCAGAGAGCUCUGCCAUGCCUGGGCCAUGGCAGAGCUGUCCUUGCCUCCCUCAACCCACCUUGACACCCCAGCCAGGGCACGUUCUGCAUCUGCUGCUGCCGGGGCCGGAGCUGGGGCCACUUUCUGGCUCUGUUGCCAGAGAUGGAUCCUAGCCAGUGCUGCCCAGCCGCUCAGCCCCAUCACACUCUGGCUGCCCAGAGCAGGUUUGGCUGCUGCACAGUGCCCUGGCUCUGCCAGAUGCUCCCAGCUCCAGCCCUGUCCCAUCUGCCAGAAGUCCUGGGAGGCACCGUGACUCCUCUGGGGAGAUGGGACAGAUACUGGUGCACGGGUCCUGCCUGGCAGGCAGGUGGCACAGAGGGCCCUGCCAGCACAGCACAGCCGUGUGCGGCCGCAGCACUCAGGGACAGCUCGGUGCUCAGUCCUCCAGCACUGGUGCAGCAGCACACGGAUGGAGUUUGCACCCUCAGCAGCAGCUCUGCUCCGUGUCCCCCAGCACCCCUUCCCUGCAGUCCCACCUCUCUUCCUUAGGCAUCUUUGGACCCCUAGGGCCAUCUCCCCAACGAGCUCCCCCAUGCCCCUCCCCAUUUUGGCUGUGGUCAGUUUGGCCUCGGCCCAGCAGGAGGUUUGGGGCAGCUCUGGUGCUGUUCAGGCUUGCCGGGCGCAGGGCUGAUCUCCCCCCACGCCGCAGCAGGCAGGACCCAGCAGCAUAUGGCUCAGCGAUGCCGACAUAUGUUCAAAGCACUACAAGAUGGCAUAUUGCAAUUGUAGCAGUGUUCUUCAUUUUUAUUUUUAGUUCAAUUAUACAAAUAAGAUGUUUUUCUCACUGUUCAGUGUUAUCAACAUUUGAAACUAUUUUUGUACAUUAUUAUCCUCUCUGAUUUCUAAUCCUAUGCAGCUUUGCAAGGACUAAUAGGGAACAUAUAGAGCCCAUGCGAGUUAAACCCUUAAUAAAGAGCAAUUUGCAAGUACAA